UCAGAUUCCAUUUUUCAUCAUUGAUCGUUUGUUCGACAUGAUCAAGAUCAAUGAUCGAGACAGCAUCAAUUCUCUAAUAUGGCCUUUACUACAACAUGGGAUUUUCCCGGUGCAGGAUCUUCCUGAAGCCCGUAUUAAUGGUCGCCAUCUUCUUGGCAUUGUACAUGACAUCCAGUGUUCUUCAUUUGCAAAAAAAUUCUCUCAUUUGCAAUCUGGAAAUACAGAUAACGUGGCGAAUAUAAAUUCAGCUCUAGAGCUUAAAGAGGUAGGGAUUUCCUUCAAAAAGUCGGAAGAUAAGAGUUCAUUUCAUAUUGAAUUCAAUAAAAAGGCAAUGAUCAUUCCAGAAUGGGAAAUUUCUGAUUCAACAGAAUCAUUGUUCCGAAAUCUGAUGGCAUAUGAGUACUACCUCACAGGCAGUCCUCAAAAAUAUGUGACCGACUAUGUAUUCUUUAUGCAUUGUCUCGUCCAUUCCCCUGAAGAUGCAAAACUUCUGCGCCGUUGCGGAAUUAUUAGCAACCUUUUGGGGAGCGAUGAAAUGGUUUUUCAUGUAAUUCACGAGCUAGGCAAGAAUAUCAUAAUUUCUGAUGAGUUUUCGUAUUCUAAUAUUUUCAACAUUGUGAACCAUCAUUGUGGCCACAGAAGGAAUAGAUGGACGGCAAUAUUAAGGCGAAGAUAUUUCAACAGUCCAUGGGCACUCAUUUCAGUAUUUGCUGCUAUUACCUUGCUUGUGCUUGCCACCAUACAGGCUACGUUUGCUAUUCUCUCGUAUUGCAAUGAUCUCAAGAAGGGGACCUGAUUCUAUGUAUUUGAAGCUAGCAACAAUGUAUGGUAACUCCAAUUACUAUCAACUUCAAGGAUGACACAAAGCCUAGAAUAUCCUGAAUUAUAGUAGUGUUUGAAUUUAUACGAUGGCCAGUACAUUGAAUGAAUGCUCAAAAAUCAAGAUUCUACUGAGUUUUAGUGUAAGCAGUAGUGCUAAACCAGGUUUCUGUUUAGUUGUUCCAAGCAGAUAUUAAGGGCCCGUUUGGUAGGGAUUUUGAGAAUUGAUUUUUUGACCGUUAGAAG